CAUGGCAUCCUUGAUCAAGAAGACGGGCAAGCCGUACAGUGAAUCAGACAAGUUGCCCUACAUCAACAACUAUGGUGCACUCGAGCUGGAGGCGGCUGCCGCUUUGCUAAUGCUUCGCUAUCAAUACGAAAUCAAGGCAGCCAGCGACAAACAGACAACGCCGCCGCAGACAACGGCCACGGGCACAGCAGCAGCAGCAUUUGAGUCAAUCGUCGAGGAGUCCACGCCGAAGGAACCGAUGCGUAGUUCCAUGACUGCUGCAUCACAGCCGCUGAAGAAACGCAGCAUCCCGCCGCAUCUGCUGCGACGUUCGCUAACACCAGCCAAGGCAACGCCCCCACCAACGCCCACGCCUAGCUGCAGCAGCAGCAGCAACAACAGUGUGGCAGCUACUGGCGGCAGCACGAUAGUGAAAGCCAAGCAGAAGGUUACUUCCUCAGCGGCAUGCAACAAAGCGUUGCUCAAGUCGUGCCGCAAUAUGAUACGCGAAUUCCUGGACAAUCAAGAGUUGAUCUAAAAGACAAAGACAGGCUGAUCCAACAGAAGAUGAUCUAAGAGACAUUCAGUUGCCGAUCUUAAUUGAAAAAAAAACUAUCUAAA